CAGGUAAGCAGGAACGCCCCGACAGAGAGAGAGAGAGAGAGGGAAGCAGUGUGUUAAAGAGAGAUACUGGAGGAGGAGGAGGAGCCACAGAGCUGAGAUUUCUUUUUCCUUUUUUUUUUGAGCAGAAGGAAAAGAAGAAUUAGACAGAGCCCCAAAAAAAUCUAUGGAUCUGAACUCCCGGGGUGAGCUUAUCAGGGAGGGACAGACAGAGAUACAGGCAAGAUGACCGUGAAGUGAUGCAGGAGCUGUGAUUGGACGAGAGAGAGAGAUCUGAGGAUGAAAAUGACAGUUGGUUUCUGUAGUGAGACUAUACGGGGGUCUUAAGCUGACGCGGGACUGAAGGGGAGGAUUAUUCAACAGGGUGAGCUGGGACAAAGGUGUGGCAGUGUGAGGGUAAAUGAACACAUGGCAAAGGAUGAACCACCUGUGUCCUUCUGAUUUGAGGUGAGCACACGCUUACACACACACACACACACACACAAAGCCACAUCUCAACACAAGACUUACAAACCUCCGUCUUUAUGACAACUGCUGGAUUUCGCACAGACUGCAUGAGACUCCCCACAGAGCACUGGAGACGCUGUGAGAUGCCUGCACUCAUGUGAGGACAAAACUUAGUGGAGCUGAAACUCAAACCCCAGGUGAAACCUCCCUUGCGACAACCUGUGGAGGUAGGAAAUUGGAUUCCUUUCCCUGUCUCGCGAUCCUAAACCCACUGGACGAGCUGGAGAUCAGGUGGAGCAACCUGUGCCAUGACGAUCCUGCCCUGAAUUGACCCACUCCUGAGGCUCCUAUCAGCCUGUCCCCUCCUCUCCCCCUAACUGGAUGUCUUGAUGUUUUGCUGUGGGCUGGGACACUGGCGGAGAGUGCAGUCCACCUAUGGAGAGCGUCACGAUUCGGAUGCCGUUGAGGAGAGAAACGCCCAGGUGCAGCUGGAGAAGGCCAAGUACAAGCCUGUUGCAUUCGCCGUACGUUGCAACUUCUCUUACACUCCAGCGGACGACGACAACGUCCCCGUGCCGGGCCAGGCUGUCACCUUCGAGGCCAGAGACUUCCUCCACGUCAAAGAGAAGUUUAACAAUGACUGGUGGAUCGGACGGCCGGUGAAGGAGGAUGGCGUUGUGGGCUUCAUCCCAAGUCCAGUCAAUCUGGAAACCAUUCUCAUCAGAAGAGAAGUCCAGGCGAGGAAAGCUGCCAAAGCUUUAGCCAAUAAAGCAUCUGCUCAAGCAACUCAAGACAUGAACUCAAAGAAGUACACUCCCCCGUCACAAGCCAAUCAACAAGUGAAAAAGAAACCGGGGGAGCAUGUGUCUAUGUAUGAUGUAGUGCCUACAAUGCGUCCUGUGGUUCUAAUGGGACCAUCACUGAAGGGCUUAGAGGUUACAGAUAUGAUGCAAAAAGCACUGUUUGACUUUCUGAAACAUCGAUUUGAAGGCAGAAUUACUAUCACACGAGUCACAGCAGACAUCUCUCUGGCUAAACGGUCCAUCCUCAACAACCCUGGCAAAAAGGCCUUAAUGGACCGCUCCAACACCCGUUCCCAUUUAGCCCAGAUCCAGGGGGAGGUGGAGCGAAUCUUUGAGCUUGCACGCAGCCUGCAGCUGGUGGUUCUAGACGCAGACACAAUCAAUCAUCCUCUCCAGGUGGCCAAGACCUCGCUGGCCCCAAUUCUAGUCUAUGUCAAGAUCUCCUCACCAAAAGUGUUGACCAGACUGAUCAAGACAAGAGGAAAGUCUCAGACCAAACAUCUAAACGUUCAGCUGGUGGCAGCAGACAAGCUCGCCCAGUGCCCGCCGGAAAUGUUUGAUGUCAUCUUGGAUGAAAACCAGCUCACAGACGCGUGCGAGCACAUCGCUGAUUACCUGGAGUCCUACUGGAGAGCCACUCAUCCGCCAGAAAUGGAGCCCGUCAACGCAGUGGUGGCCCGGCUGGCUGAGAAUACACUGCCCACCAGUCCUUCAGGAAUACCGGAUGAGCAUAAAAACAAAAAGUCAGCAGCGCCCAAGAGGAAGGGCUCCCGCGAGAACCACCUGGACCAGCACCCGCCUUCUGCCCAGGCUCAGGAGCAGAGGGCUGAGGAGGGUCAAAGAGAGGAGGAGGAGGAGGAGCGGCUCUUGAGGACUGAACCAAAGAGACUCCAGCACACGCAUCACCACCACCACCACCACCACCGCCGUAUGGAGCAUCACAGUCACCCCCAGCACAGUCAAACACACGGUGGCAUGGAAGUACAAUCGAGCAGGGAUUAUAGCCAGAGGAUUCCCCGCAGGCACCUGCCUGAGGGGAGGGAGGAGGAGGGAGAGGAUCUGGUGGAGGAGGAAGAGGAGGAGGUUCGCUAUAACCACCGGGGCCAAAACCACCACCAUCAUAACAGCAACCACCACCACCACCAUCACCACCAUCAACAUCAGCAGCAUCACAGGGGGAACAGUCAGCCACACGUCGAAGAAGACUAUGAACAGGAGCACAAUCGACAGCACAGGCACCACCAGCACAUUCCACCACGAACGCACCCCACGGAUCACUAUUCUGUUCAUCAUAACAACCACCAUCACCACGGCAGAGACAGAGACAGGGACAGAAACAGGGACCGAGACAAGGACAGAAACAGGGACAGAGACAGACACAAGCACAAAGAGAGAGACCGGGAUAGAGAUCAUGGUCGAGACAGGGACAGAGAUGCGAGACAAUGGCACAGAGAUUCUUAUACACACUCAUGACUUCAACUUCGGACUGGUGCAUGAUUAUAUGCUGCUCAAGUUUUGAAUGCACUAAUA